GAUAACAUCAUAAAGGCGCUGUUAUUGGAAUUUCUUGACUCCUUCGAUUUCCUCGAGGUGCAUCCUCACUUCUCCAUCUCAUUUUCGGUUCUGUCAUCACUCUUUCAAUCCUUUGCAUGUUCUGAGGCCAAUGGUGGCGCUUCGUUUGGGGAUGGCGGCUGUUUCGGCGGCCGCACCUCCUCCUUCCUCCUCUCUUAUCGGAAUCCGCAGCCGCACCCUCUGCCUUCACCCAUUCCCGCGCCGUAGCUUCCCUGGCGGCGGGCGGAGUCAUCUCUGUCCGCUGAAUGUGUCGUCUAAUGAUGAGGGUACGAGUUCCUCGGUCGUAGCUUCUUUUAAGGGAGUUGAGAAUGUGGUUAUCAUAGGAUCAGGACCAGCUGGAUACACAGCAGCAAUUUAUGCUGCUCGUGCCAAUUUAAAACCGUUAGUUUUUGAAGGUUUUCAAGUUGGUGGUGUUCCAGGGGGCCAGCUAAUGACGACCACCGAGGUUGAAAAUUUCCCUGGUUUUCCUGAUGGAAUCAGUGGUCCAGAUUUGAUGGACAGGAUGCGGAAGCAAGCUGUGCGUUGGGGUGCAGAGCUUUUCCAAGAAGAUGUGGAAUUUGUUGAUGUAAGAAGCAGGCCUUUUAGCAUCAAGAGUAGUGAACGUGAGGUAAGGUGCCAUAGUAUCAUUGUUGCAACCGGCGCUACUGCAAAAAGGCUUAGGUUACCACGUGAAGAUGAGUUUUGGAGCAGAGGGAUAAGCGCUUGUGCUAUAUGUGAUGGUGCAUCACCAUUGUUUAAGGGUCAAGUUCUUGCUGUUGUUGGUGGUGGUGAUACUGCUACUGAAGAAGCAUUGUACUUAACCAAGUAUGCUCGUCAUGUACAUUUACUAGUUCGUAAUAAUCAGCUACGAGCAUCCAAAGCUAUGCAAGACAGAGUACUCAACAGUCCGAAUAUUACCUUGCACUUCAAUACAGAAGCUGUGGAUGUCGUCAGUAACAGCAAAGGCCAAAUGUCUGGUGUAUUACUUAGAAGAUUUGACACAGGGGAAGAGUCAGUUUUGGAUGCCAAAGGUCUAUUUUAUGGUAUAGGACAUUCUCCAAACAGCCAGAUAUUAGAAGGUCAAGUUGAACUUGAUAGCUCAGGGUACAUAUUUGUCAAAGAUGGUGCAUCAAAAACUUCUGUUGAAGGUGUCUUUGCUGCUGGUGAUGUUCAGGAUCAUGAAUGGAGGCAAGCCGUAACUGCUGCUGGAUCUGGUUGUGUUGCUGCUCUAUCUGUUGAGAGAUAUCUAGUGGCCAAUGAUCUUCUUGUUGAAUUUCACCAGCCUGUAACAGAAGAGGUAAAGAAGGAACUUACAGAGAAGGAUGUAGAAUGGCAUUUUGAUGUGUCACUUACGAAACACAAGGGCCAGUAUGCAUUGCGGAAAUUGUACCAUGAAAGCCCUAGGCUAAUUUGUGUGCUUUAUACGGCUCCAACUUGCGGCCCAUGUAGAACAUUGAAACCAAUUUUAAGCAAGGUAAUUGAUGAAUUUGAUCAGGAUGUGCAUUAUGUUGAGAUUGACAUUGAGGAAGAUCCAGAAAUUGCUGAAGCAGCAGGAAUUAUGGGAACACCUUGUGUACAGUUUUUCAAAAAUAAAGAAAUGAUAAGGACUGUCCCUGGCGUGAAAAUGAAGAAGGAAUAUAAAGAAUUUAUAGAAGCAAAUAAAUGAGAUUGCUGGCAGGCACGGGUUCAUUUCCAAUUAUUUGUGACUUAGGAGAGUUUGUUUGUCUCAAUUCAGUUUGCUUCUUGUUCCAAGCUACCAUUUUUUUAUUGGAUUUAGUUUCUAAACCAGUUAUUCUUUUUCUUUUGCAAUGCUAGUUAAAAUCUCUGAAAUUGUAAACCUUUUGUUUUUAUCCUUCAUAAACAGCUUUUUUCGACCCCCUUAUAAAGCUAGUUCGGAGUACUUUCUGAAAAA